UGUCAGCGUGUGUGCAAAGACAAGAGUGAGUGUACUGGUCUGAUUCAGGCCCAGUUAAACGGCUGUCUGGACAGGACUAUAAACGAAGCUGCUUGGACUGAGCAUCGAGUCUGCACGCAGGCAACGCCAGGGGCUGGACACUCACCGAAGGGAAGCUGUUCAACGCCCGCCGGAGGAGUCGCCUCUGCUAUGGCAAAAAUCAUCUUGAGGCACCUCAUAGAGACCCCAGUGCGUUAUCAGGAGGAGUUUGAAGCUCGAGGCUUGGAAGACUGCAGACUGGAUCAUGCCUUAUAUGCACUGCCCGGGCCAACCAUCGAAGACCUGAGGAAAGCCAGAGGCACGCCACAGGCUCUUGCAGAGGACUCAGCCUCCACGGAGACGCCACCCAGAGAAGGCAAAUCCCGUUUCCGGAUCCUGCUGGAUGUGGUCCAGUUCCUUCCCGAGGAUAUCAUCAUCCAGACCUUCGAGGGCUGGCUGCUGAUCAAAGCGCAGCACGGGACCAGAAUGGACGAGCACGGCUUUAUCUCCCGGAGUUUCACCAGACAGUACAAACUGCCAGAUGGCGUCGAAACCAAGGAUUUGUCUGCCAUCCUCUGUCACGAUGGAAUUCUGGUAGUGGAGGUAAAGGACCCACUAGGGACCAAGUAAAACCUUAUUGGUCCUUGUUCAUACGCCAGGAGAAAGAUGAAAGCCAGGGACACCGGGGAUGUUUUAACUUUUGAGAUGGUUUGCUGUAACUUUUAUGAGGAUUA